GGACGCUACUUGAGCCGCAUCGAUAUGCCGGUACCUAAAAACCCCUGUUCAGAAUGCAAAAGCAAACAUCUCAAAUGCGCCGGUGACGAGGCUGUAUGUACACGAUGUCUCAAAAAAGGACUAGAAUGUGUCCGACUGGGACGAAAUCGGCAGUUCAGAGAUGGUUCAUCAGCAAAGUAUGAUGCCAAGUUCUCAGGGUCGCAGAAUUGGGUGAACAGUAGUGCAAAAGAAUUUCGUCUUCAAACAAGUUCGCGACGCGCAACACAGAGAAUCGCUCUCGCAGAUGAGGCCUCGUCUUCAACGACAAACACAACAAGCCGGCCAGCUAUGAAUAACAACGGAACAUCCGGUGGAGCUUUUGACUUUACACUAGGAGGUUCACCAUAUUUUGACUCCACCAUUUCAUCAAGUCUAACCCCUUCCCGUGGCGGACACUCGCAACCUUCAGCCCUGUCAUCACUCGAAACCCAACCUUCACAACGUCCGCUAGCACUAUCUCAACGUGGUCCUUCUUGGGGCGGCUUACUUCAUGCGUUGGAACCACCACAUCAGCGAGACUUGCCAUUAGAAGGCGUUCAAGAAGCAUGUCUCUUACGAUACUUUAUCGAGGAGCUAUCCCACUGGUUUGAUCUGGUCGAUCCUCAACGGCGGUAUCAGCUCGUCGUCCCCGAGAGAGCCAGGCGAUAUCCUCCCCUACUUAACGCCAUAUUAGCAAUGUCAGCUAGACAUUUAUGUCGCGUUGAGAAAUACAAGACGCCCCGAGGGAUAGUAUAUCGCGGGCAACCAUUACCAGAUCUCAGUUCCCAUUCUGCAGUGGAGUAUAUGCUCAAAUGCAUCCCCGUCCUCAAAGACUUCCAUGCCACAGAAGAUGGAGAGACGCGAGAACUUAUCGUGACAACAGCCGUUAUUCUGAGGCAUUUUGAGGAGCUCGAUGAUGAAGACGAAGAUCCUGCUCUCGAUACUCGCCCAGAUGAAGGUGUAAACUUCCUCGCGAUUCUCAACGCUGUUUUACGAAGUCUUACGUCAGAUGAUCUUAUUAACCGCCGAGAACUUCUUAUCGCUUCUUACUGGGUUGCUUUACGACAAGAGGUUUACUAUGCUCUUCGGAAAGGAUAUCCAGCGCAGAUGGUUGAACCACCUGCUGAGUGGUCGGAUAUAUCGCCAGCGAACAGGAUUGUCUUCCAUACAAGUCAAGUCACCAAAUGGUUAUUUGACGACAAGUCGGAGAGUGGAUGGCAUAAACUAAAGGAACAGGAGGAAUAUCUUGAUCAAUAUGUAACCGGUCGCUUUGAACCGAUUCUUCAUCGACCACCAGAUAGGGUUUUGGGUGAGGUAUUCCCAACAAUGUGGUAUGCAUCGCCAAUUGCCCUGACUGGCAUGCAGCACAUGAUGAUAGCAAAAAUGAUCUUAACCGCAGAGUCGCCUCUCCUCUCACAAGCCGAAGAUGUCCGAGCCGCAUACCGCAAAGCCGAAGGCCAAGUGCGAAACCUAGUCCUCCAAGUCUGCGGCACCGCAGUCCAACACCCCGAUAUUCAGCCAGGUCUCGUAAACGCGAUUCUAGCUAUACAGAUGUAUGGGAGUUACUUCACUGAUCCAUGGGAGCAAGAGGCACUCAAGAAAACGGUUCAGAUGUUUAAAGAUUGUCAGGCUUGGCCAUUGCCUAAAGCUUUGAGGGAACGAUAUUAUAAGUCAUAGCGGGUUUGACAGGCCUGGGUUGAGUGUCGUUGGCAUGUAUUGUGUUGUGUUGAUACACGCUUCUCGGAUUCUUGGCCUAUCAUCUUGCACGGCUUAUUGAUGCGUCUGACACAUUUUGUACUCAUUGCAAUGCUUCCAGGGGUGAAUGGAUGCGUCCAGCUUAUAUGUAGACAACUAGGAGGCUUACUCUUCCGUGAGCGACAGGCACCAUCUGGGAGCAGCCUUUACGGCCACAGGCCAAUAGAUUUACACUGAAUCAUGC